CGUCUCCGUUCGCGUUGGUUCCGUUGUCGCAUCGUUUCGGAGAUAUUUCGCAUUUAAUUUUUAUUUUAUUUAUUUUAAUCUGUGACUUUUAAUAAACAAAAAAACUCACAUUUAUUAAUUAUUGUAUCCGAUUUAGUAAACAAUAAACAAAUCCAAUUGAAAGUUUGUUUUAUUUAUUAUGCAUAGUUUGUAUGUGAAAGAAAAAAUACGAUUUGUUUUUUUCGCAUUGAAAGUGUGUUCGGCAAAUCUUGUAUUAUCGAUUUGAUUUAUUUGGUUAAAUUGUUAAAUAUCAAGUGAAUUUGUAAAAAAAAAAUAAACUAUUCAAAAGAAUUGUAUUGAAGAUAGGAAUUUAUUUAAAUUGGAAUCAAUUUUUAUUGGCGAAACCAAUCAAUGAACAAUUAAAUUUUUUGAGAAACCCAACUACUCGAUUAUCAUACACAAAUAUGAUGGAAGUGAAACAUUCCCCAUCGUCACAGAUGGAUUUUAGAACAACUGCAACAGCCAAUGGACUGCCUAAUGAAGAAGAAGAUGAAGAAAUGGACACACUGCUUGUUGAUGGUGUUGGUGGUGCUAUUAAAAAUAUACCUACCUCUAGUUGUGAUUCUACACCAAUUAUACAAAAUGGUAGUACCAAGUAUCCUCAAGUAGAAGAUAGCAUGGAAGUUGAUUUGCUUGACGAUGACAUGGAUGAUGAUCUAAAUACAACAGUUACAAUGUCUGAAAACAAUAAAAAAGAAAAUGAAGAAACGGAAACAUCCAAAAAAGAAGACUUGGAUCUUUUUGAUUUGGAUUUGGAACAAGCUGUAGUUCCAACAAUAGAAAAGAAAAUAACAAAUGGUGAAUCAACAACAGAUGUAUCCAAUGUCAGAGAUCCUGGUGAUGAUCUUGAUACUUUACUUUCGAAAAUCAAUGACUUGGUCGAAGAUUGCAUGGAACCUUCGACUGUGGUUGAUUCUCCACUAACGGAAGUCAAUAAAGAAGUCAUUGAUAUAGAUGCAGAUGAAACAGUAGAAGAUAUCGUAGAUGGUAAAGUAGAAGAACCUCAGGAAGAUAUCUUGGCUGAUAAAGAUUUAAAACCUCAAGAAGAUAUCUUGGAUGAUAAAGUAGUAGAACCUCAAGAAGAUAUCUUAGAUGAUACUCAAGUUGUAGCUGAUGAAGAAAUCAUUGAGGAACUUGUAACUGCGGAAACAGAAGUUGAAGAGAAUGAAGACGCUGAAAUCGCGUGCGAUAUUAAAGAGAAAGAAACCCUUGAGUUUGAAGCUGAAGAAGAAGAAGAAGCUUCCGAAGUUAAAUCCACUACAGAGUUAUCAGAGAUAGUUUCUGAAGAAAAUGGAGUUGAAGUGACUGCAACUGAUUUGGAAAUGGCUGAAGAAGAAUCACCACAAGAAGUUGAAAAUGAUAUUCCAGAAUUAGCUGCUGAAGAAAUCACUGAAGAAGUUGUUUUAGAUACAGCAGACGAAGAAGUUAUUGAAACCGAAGCUUCUGAAACAAUAUUUACGGAAACAGAAGUUGUUGAAGAAGAAGUUGCAGUUGCAGAAAUUGCUAAAGUAACAGCUGAAGAAGAAAUUGUUGAAGAAACAGUGCCAGAAGCUCUAGAAAUAACAGUGACAGAAACUGUAGAAGAAGCUGUGGAAGAAACUGUGGAAGAAGCUGUGACAGAAACUGCCGAAGAAGUUGAGGCAGUGGAAAACAAAUCAUCUGAAGAAAUCGUCACAAACAAUAUGGAUAUAGAUGAUGAUGAUAUUGUUUGCUUGGAUAGUCCAAUGCCGGAUGAGAAAGAAGAUGAUGAAAAACUUCCCGAACAAUCCAAUGUACAAGAAAAGACAGAAAAAAUAACUCAGGACGAGGUUAAAGAAAAGGAAGUUUCAGAAGAAGUGUCUUCGAAAGAGGUCUUCCCUGAUGAAACUGUCGAUGCAAAAAAUGCAGAAGACACAUCAUCAAAACCAGUAGAAGAAGAAGAUGAUGAUAUUUUCUUGAUUGAAGAUGACGAUGAACCCAUGAAAGAGGCUGAGCCAGUAAAAGAAGUUGCUGAGUCAAUAAAAGAAACUGAAGUUGAGUCUACUGAAAAACUCGAUGCAAAAUCUUCCGAUGAAACUGAAACAUCUCCGAAAAAAGAAGAACAAUUAGCUGGAGAAGAAGUUAAAGAAGAUUCCAAGCCAGAAGCAAUUGAAGAACAAGAAUCAAAGGAGAACAAGACUGAGAUCAAUUCUGAAGAAAAACCAUCGGAAACCAAGGAUGACGACGAUGAUGAUGAUAUCGUUUGUCUUGAUGAUUCUUUGGAAGAACCAGAGAACCCAAAAGAGACACCUGUUGAAGCUAUCUCUGCUAAGAAGGUUGUCGAAGAUGUUGAUUCCACUAUUGUGAAAAGUAGUGAAGACACUGUAAAUGAAAAAUCAGAAACAAUCGCUGAGAAGGAAGCAGUAGAAGAGACUGAAAAGGUUGUAGCUUCGGAUGUUUCAGAAGUCAUUGAAGAGGAAUCAAAACCAGCUGAUCAAAAAGUUGAUGAAACUGAUUCAUCAGCGAAGAGUUCUGAAGAACCUUCAAAAACACUUGAAACUCUGACGAAAUCAGGUGAGAAUACCGAGAAAGUUGUUGAAUCAUCUGAACAACCAAUUAAACCAGCUGAAGAAGCUUUGACAGAAUCUUCUAGUAAAACUUCAGAAACUGAGGCAGCAAAACCGAAAGAAGCACCUUCCGUCAUGGACAGUGACAUAAUUAACUUGGAUGACGACGACGAUGAGGAAGUUCCUCCUCCAGCUGAGAAAAAAGAUGAAACAUCUUCCACCGAAGUUGCCGAAACUAAUACUUCAGAACUGCUCUCAGACAAUUCGGACAAUGCCCGUGAUGGUGUUGAUGAAAAAGACGACAAGAAUGAACCAAAAGUCGCUGAAGAAAAAUCAACUCCAAUGGCCUCAGAACCGAAUAGCAAUAGCAGCAGUAAUCUUCUCAAAGAAAGCUCCGUCAUCGAGCGAGAUGAAUCACCCGGUGAACCCUCUGAACAGCCACCAGCAAAGAGAAUAAGAUUGAGCCAAGACGAAACUAGCAGUAGAAAUUCCAAUGCCAGUCCAGAUGAUACAAGUUCAAAACUUCUUGACGACGACGAGGUCAUGGAAGUUCUAGACAACGAAGAAGAAGAAGCAAAGCCAGAAGAAGAAGAAGAAAACAAAACCCUUAAACGUGUUCACAGCAGUGAAUCAAUUACUUCGGAAAUGAAAAAACCCAAAACAGAUUCUGAAGCACCAUCAAAAAAAGUAGUCGAAGAUGAAAAAACACCAGAAUUGUUAGAAGAAAUAAUUCCAACUAAAGAAGAACCUGUUAAAGUGGAAGAAAAACCCGAAGUCAAGCCAGUCGAAGUAAAACCACUUCCCCUCUAUCCACCACCGAAUUUCGAUGCACCCAAAAUCGGUUUGAGUUUAGAUUUCCUUCGUCGUUUCAAAAAAUCCAUUCAUAAAAUGAACAAAUCUGAUUUAGAAGAAUUAGUUUUACAGAAAAUCGUUGAAGCUAUUGUUCACAAAAGUGAAUUCAGCGAAAUGCGUGAGCUAAUUGAAAAGCAAGAAAAAAUUAUUUCCGGACAUCGCAGUAAGAUAACUGAACUGAACAAACAAUUCCGUGACUUGGAAAUGGUUCAUAAUCGAGUACUGAAAGAUUUGGAAACUAAGAAUUCACAAUUCAUUAUGCCGGUUAAAAUUACCCGAGCCGUUGGCUUGCAGGUAUUCUUCCCCAAUAAGAAAUAUGAUCAACCAAUUGCAAAUCUGCCACCAUCGUCGUCGUCGAGUUCCUCAAUGCAGGCACCUUCACCCUCCUCAUUAGCCAGAAGCGUUAGUACAAGCAGCAGCACAAGUAGCAUUCCAGAAAAAGCUCCUAGCUCUUUAAACCUUGCGAGUAUGAAUAAUCAAGGGUCUCAACAGGCAUCGCAGGCACCAUCUCCACAUGGAGGUAGCGCUGCUGCAAAUCUACAACGUCGGGGAUGUGUUCAAAAACUAACACCUAUGCGACCAGAUGGCCCACGAACCAGCGCAAUGCCGCCGAAUAGAGGAGUUACAGCUGGUGUUGUGUCUUCAUCAACACCGAGCCCUCUGAUGCCUAGGGAAACUUCCCCGAAGAUAUUAAAUCGACAGAUAGCGCCUAAACCUCGAUUGCCGAUGGUUAGUGCUCCAGGUCUACCUCAACAGACACACAAUAUGCAUUCAAUGGCAACACAACCGGAGCCAGAAAGACCUAAGGCACCAAUGAUGCCACAAGGGAUUGCAACGAAAAAAACUGGCGGAAUCUUAAAAACUUUCCCACCGAGCAAACGAAUCCCCAAAUCAUGGCAAUCUGAGCAGCAACAACCAGCUCCGGUGCAGUCAUCGCCGACCCAUGCACCAGCUACUUCCUCGCCAAUGGUGCCACCAAAGAGUCCUAUGGCAAGCUCUCCGUUGGCAGCAAAACCUCCCACAAAAUCUGUCAUCGAUUUGACCGAUGAAGAUGAUAUGGGUCCACAACCUAGCCCAAGGACUCCAAAUGUCCAAGGGGCAACACAAAAACAGGUUCAUAAUGCCGGAGGGCAGCGUGUUGGACCUUAUAAGGUUUCGGUUAUUCCAGCGGCUCAGUUGCAACAACAGCCAAGGCCUAAUAUGCAAAAACCUACAGCGCCACGUCCUCAUACUUCUCCCCAAAUGGCUUCAAAACCAAAUGGAACUGCCCAAAAUGCUGUACGCCGAACUCCUCCCCCAGUCAAUAAUCAGCGAUAUCGUCAUCCGGCACCGCUUCCAAAUCAACCGAUUCAUAGCAGUAACCCACUGUGGAAACUUCCCCCGGCUCGUCCUACAAUCCGGAUAAGCAAUCUAGACAGUGGAAUUGUUAUCUCGUGGACCAUAGAGGACACCGCCAAGGAAAAGUAUGCCGAAAGUACCAGCUACCAGAUAUAUGCCUAUCAAGAGACAAGUGGGCCGCCAUUAGUCGAAUCAUGGCGGCAUGUGGGUGAUGUGAAAGCUAUGCUUCUGCCAAUGGCCGUGACACUGACUCAGUUCCAAGAGGGACAGCGUUAUUACUUUGCUGUUCGAGCGGUAGACGCCCACAAUCGUUGUGGACCGUUUAGCUUUGCCAAGACUUGGAGUUAAUCGCCAAAAAGCUUGGAAUCAAUACAUAAACUAUCAACAACCACAAACACCCACACACACAUUAUUGCAACUUAAGUUUAGUUAAGUCAAUAAAAAACCAGAUGUUUUAGAUUAGUUUUUAAAACCAUACAAACAAACAAAAUAAUUAAUUAUUUACCAGACAUAAAAAAAAAAAUAUCUGUAACUGUAUUCAUAAAAAAUAUUAUUUACUCAUCAAUUUAGUAUUUAGUUAUGUAUAAUUUUUAAACUUACUUACUUUAUAGCUCGAAAUUUAAAUCUUUUUUCUUUUAAUUAUUAUUUGUGUGCCCGCCUUUUAGGUUGAUGUGAAAAAAAAAACUAAGAUUUAUAAUCUUAUGUUAUAUUAUAGGUGGCCAACAUUUUUGAGUUAU